AGAAUGCAGCCUGCCAUGAUGAUGUUCUCCAGUAAGUACUGGUCCCGGCGGGGGCUCUCUCUGGACUCGGCCAUGUUCGACCAGCAGAAACAACACCAUACCGGGGGACAGAUGUCGCGCCGGCCCUCCUUCUGUCCAAUAGAUGAGAACCCAACCGACAAAGAGAUCAGGGAGAGCAGGGAGUCGGGGAAGACGGCUGUUGUUUUCUCUCUGAAAAACGAGGUGGGCUGCCUGGUCAAAGCCCUACGCCUUUUUCAGGAGAAGCAUGUGAACCUGGCUCACAUUGAGUCGCGGAUGUCCAAGCGCAUCGCUACAGAGGUGGAGAUCUACGCCGACUGCAGCUGCAGCAAGAAGGAGUUUAACGAGCUGCUGGAGCACCUCAAAGACCACGUCAAUAUCAUCUCCUUCAACACGCCCCAAAACCAGUGGUCUACAGAAGCAGGGUGUAUAGAUGACGUGUGUGUGUGUAAUGCUUUAUCCUAUGGGGAGGAAGUUCCUUGGUUCCCCCAGAAGAUUGCAGAGCUCGACCAGUGUUCUCACAGAGUGCUGAUGUACGGAUCAGAGCUUGAUGCAGAUCACCCAGGCUUCAAAGAUAAUGUAUACCGCCAGAGGAGGAAGUACUUUGUGGAAAUGGCCAUGAAUUACAAAUAUGGCCAGCCUAUCCCCCACAUCAAGUACACCCCAGAGGAGGUGAGGACCUGGGGCGUGGUGUACAGGGAGCUCACCAAGCUCUACCCCACACACGCCUGUAGAGAGUACCUGAAGAACCUACCCCUGCUCACUAAGCAUUGUGGGUAUCGGGAGGACAACAUCCCCCAACUGGAGGACGUGUCCCUGUUCUUGAAAGAGACGUCUGGGUUCACGGUGAGGCCUGUGGCAGGAUACCUGUCUCCUCGGGACUUCCUGGCCGGUCUGGCUUACCGGGUGUUUAACUGCACUCAAUAUGUCCGCCACAGCACUGACCCGCUCUACACACCCGAACCGGACACGUGUCAUGAGCUGCUCGGUCAUGUUCCGCUCCUGGCCGACCCCAAGUUCGCCCAGUUCUCCCAGGAGAUAGGCCUGGCAUCUCUAGGGGCAUCUGAUGAGGACGUACAGAAACUAGCCACCUGUUAUUUCUUCACCAUUGAGUUCGGCUUGUGCAAACAAGACGGCCAGCUGAGGGCCUAUGGUGCAGGUUUGCUGUCAUCUAUUGGAGAGCUGAAGCAUGCCCUGUCUGACAAAGCCUCAGUGAAGAUGUUUGACCCUGGAACCACCUGCUACCAGGAGUGCCUCAUCACAACCUUCCAGGAGGUCUACUUUGUCUCUGACAGCUUUGAAGAAGCCAAAGAGAAGAUGAGGGAGUUUGCCAAGACGAUCAAGAGGCCGUUCUCAGUGUACUACAACCCCUACACCCAGAGCAUAGACCUGCUGAAGGACACUAGGAGCAUCGAGAAUGUGGUGCAGGACCUUCGCAGUGACCUCACCACCGUGUGUGAUGCCCUGGGCAAGAUGAACACAUACCUGGGAAUAUAG